UCAUCAUUCGUCAAACGGACAGAAGUUCAGGAGCUUCAGUGGACUUUUCUGUGGUGUUCUGCUGAGAGUAAAAUGGCAGCGUCUCUGUUCCGAGAUAGAGAUCAGUACAACUGCUCAGUGUGUUUGGAUCUGAUGAAUGAUCCGGUGACGAUUCCCUGUGGACACUCUUACUGCAGGAGCUGCAUUAAACACUACUGGGACCGAGAUGAAUCCAGGAGAGCUCGAUGUCCUCAGUGCAGACAGGACUUUCCUACAACACCUGCACUCAACAAAAACACAAUGCUGGCUGAAAUCCUGGAGAUGCUGAGGAACACCACGCUUCAGGGUUCUCCUCCUUCUCCUCCAGCUCAGAGUUCUGCUCAGCCUGGAGAAGUUGAGUGUGAUUUCUGCACUGAUGUAAAGCUCAGAGCGGUGAGAUCAUGCCUGGAGUGCCGAGCGUCGUACUGUGAAACGCAUCUCCAGCCUCACUACGACUUUCCGGCUCUUAGGAAACACAAGUUAGUCGUCGCCGCCGAAAUACUGACGUGUCCGAGACACGAUAAACUGCUGGAGGCUUUCUGUCGCACCGACAACAUCUUAAUCUGUAUGAGCUGUGUAAUGGACGAGCACAAAGGCCACGACACGGUUUCAUCUGCAGCAGAAAGAGACGAGAAACAAGUCACGCUGCAGGCUAAUAAACACAAAUUUGUGGAGAAACGCAAAGAAAAAGAGAAAGAGCUUCACGAGCUGAGGAAAGCCACAGAAUCUCAUACAAGGUCCACACAGAAGGCAGUGGAGGAGACGGAGCUAGCCUUUAACUCACUAGUCACUUCCCUUGAGAAAUGCUGCUCUGAGGUGACUGAGAGAAUCAGAGCUCAGGAGGCGGCCUAUAAUGAUCGAGCUGUCGAGCUUCAGGAACAGCUGGAGAUUGAAAUCGCCAUGCUGAUGGGACAGGAAGACAUCAUGGACAAGCUUAUACAGACGGAGGAUAAUGUCUACUUCCUUCAGAACUUCGAGAGCAUGCCCAGUCCCUCUGGAGAUGAAGAGUCGCGCGCUCGGACUUUAGAGCCACUCAUCUCUCUUAGUGACGUGAGAAACAUGAUUUCUGAGUUUAAAGAGAAACUGGAGAUUUUCUCCAAGCAGGAACUGGAAAACAUGUUUAGAAAAUUCCACAUCAAGGUCGGUGACAGAGUUCGGGUGAAAUCUUCUGUGAACACACCUAAAUUUAACUGGGGCUGCACUGUCACACACAGGAGUGUAGGCGUAAUCACGUCCAUAAGUGAGGAAAUUGUGAUCGUCGACUUCCCGGAGCAUAAAAAAUGGAAAGGACUCCUGUCUGAGAUGGAGUGCGUAACUGCUGCUGAUGAAUCUGGAAUUUCAGCUCAGCAGAGGAGGAUUAAAGUCGGAGACCGAGUCCGAGUGAAGCCGUCUGUUACCAAUCCAAAACUCAGCUGGGGAAGGGUGACUCACCAAAGUGUGGGCGUGGUCAAGCAUCUUGGUGGGGAAGACAUGACCGUGGACUUCCCGGAACAUUCCAGCUGGAUCGGCGUCAUCUCCGAGAUGGAACUUGUGCCUUAAAUCCUCAUGAGGUGUAAUUAUCGAGAUCUUACAAUUGUAAUUGAAAUUGAAUCUGUCUGUUUUUAUUUUUUUUUUUUAAAAAUUAGUUCAUAAUUGAAGUGCCAUCAUCAAAUCUUCAACAAACCUGUCUAUAGAGGCUUUUAACCUCACGUCUUCCUGAGCAGUUCUGGACGGGAAUUUAGGGCUAUUGGGUAAAUGUUUAGAUUUGGGCUACACUGCCUUGAACUUAGAAAAAUAAUAUCAUUAAUGGGUUCAGCACUUUAAAAAAAAAGAUGUUUUCACGCUGGAACAAUUUAGAGUGAUUGUUUGCUUCUUUGAUUACGUUAAUUUUUUGCUCCCUGUAACAUUUCUAAUCCUAGAUUAAAAUGUUUUUAGAUUAUUUUCUAGCCUUAUCUUGACAUACGCCUGCAAAGACCAUGUCGAGUAAGGAGCCAGUUUAAUAAAUGCUGUGGUGAAAACAGUCAGUCGAGAUGAUUAAAACCUCGCUAGCUGAGUGUGAUUUCCUCUCGAUCAUGUGAAACAUCAUCGUGAAACAGACGCGAGUCUCAUUCGUUCAGUUUGUAAUGAAAAUGUUGCCGAUGCACCUGUUCAGUCACGUCAGCACCAAAACGGAGAAGACGUCAAAGUUUUAAAAUGUUUAAAUGCUCCAAAUAAAAAGACUUUAAUAACACGACAUUUCAGCAACAGAACAGACGUGAGUGAAUGAAUCAGUGAUUAAUGAUAAUGAUAAAGAUAAUGAUAAUGAGUCUUUAUUGGUCACAGCACGGUGAAAUUCUUUUCUUCACAUACCCCAGCAUUCCAGGAAGUUGGGGUUAUUAUUUAGUUAGUGUGAUGUGAGAGUGAACAGAGACCAGUGGUGUGAAGAGACGAUAACGAAGCCUGUGUUUAAACAUCACGAGUGACUUUUACCUCUUCCAUGUUUGUGGAUUACGUUUUGGAUCACGUUUUGGAUUUGUCUGCCUGUCUCUCUUUCAAAUAAACAGCUGUUCAUCCUGCACUUGCAUCCGUCCUA